UCUGGUUUUGAUCAACGGCAGACUCGCGCAAUGAUGGGUACCUUGCCAACACUGUUCCUGAUCUUGGUGUUCUUCCCUCAUGGUCUCCAAAGCUGUGGAGAUAGCACAGAAGCUGCGGCCCAGCUCGAGGAACAGUUGAAUGAGUCUCUGGGUCAACGACUAAGCCCCAGCGUGGUACUUGCUCUGUGUCUGGUGAACCACAAGGUCAAACCAGACAUUGUAAAAAGCCUGAAGGAGGAUGUUAUCAGCAAAGGGGUGAAUAUGACCAGUGGGAAGCUGGGCCAGUAUGUGUUGGCUUUGAUCUCCUGUUGUGAAGACACAAAAAACCUGAUGAUCGACAAGGAAUUAACCCAUGGCAUCAACCUGGGGAAGUUGCUUUCCGAGAAGCUUGGCCAAGAGAUUAAAUGCAUCAGAAUGCAUAAUCACCCAGUUACCACCUACUACCAAGUUGCAUUGGCUGUGCUUGCACUUUGCAAACAAGGUUACUAUAUUAAGAAGGGCGAUAUCAAAAUUUUCGCACAAGCUGCAAUGAACAACACCUUCUCUUAUGGAGGCCAUUUCUCAGUGGAUACGGCUGCUAUGGCUGCCAUGGCCUUCAGCUGUCUGCAGGAUUCCUACCAGCCAGCUGACUCCAUCAAGAUGGCCUUGACAAAACUGAUCAUGCAGAUUUUCUGUGCAAAAACUGCUCAGGGAACAAUUGGAAAUAUCUAUAGCACUGGCCUGGCCAUGCAGGCUCUUAUUGCUAAUAGUCAGUUCAUCCCAUUCCCUGUGUGGAACUGUUCAAACACUCAGGAGAAGGUUGAGGAAGAAAUCAGGCAGGGAGCAUUCUUAAACUCAGAAAUGGCUUCACAGAUCUUGCCACCUCUGCUAGGCAAGACAUACCUGCAGGCUGGUCAAGAGGGCUGCGCUGGAGUGAGGGAAACCCAGUCAAAGGCAGAGAUGAGCGAUGACAGAAACAUCGCUGUGGACUACACCGUAACUAAUGCGAUAUCUUGUAACAAUUCAUGUAGCCAUUCCAUUCAUCUUACUGGCAUUAGAGGAAUAAGCCUUCUCCAACUUAUGGAAAUUGCAGAGAAAAAAAAUCCACAACACUUUCAAUUCACGUAUAAGAUGACUGCCUUGGGCCCCUUCAUCACCAGCAUCGCUGGCAUUCCAACCAAAGCUCAAAAAAGGACCUAUUGGCAGUUUCUGAAUGGGACAAUAUUAAUUCCUGUUGGUGUUGCAGAGUACAAACCUUCCAAUGGGGAGCAUGUCAUUGCAAGACUCUCUAAAUAUUGAUUCAUGAUUGUAGUGAGCAGGUGGUAGAAAAUAGUCUGAGACCAAGAGCUAAUGUACAUCAAUGAAGUAGGUGUAGACUGUUUCAAAAGAGUUUCUUUUGUGUAUUAAUCAAAUAGCAUUGCACCCCGACACAAAACAGACCUCUUUACAAUCUAAACAAGUACCUCUGACCCCAACAUGACCUCCCUCUGACCCUGGCAUGAUCUAACUGUGACCCUGACAUGACUGCACAUGAACUCUGAUACAAAUCCAAUCUUAAACCGCUGCUAACCUGACACUGACCCAACAUUGACCCUGAUGUGAAACCAUCUCAAAUCCAAUAUACCACUUGACAGACUUGCCAUGAUUCUAAUAUGACAGCCUCACUUACCAGUCAGGGCCCUUACGUCAUCAGGCAAGGUUGGCACCCGGUCACCAACAAUUCAAUUUUGAGCCCUAUGACUGAUGCCCUGACAUAUCCCCAAAUUGAUCAUGGGCUUGUCUUGAUAUAUACAACUCUAUUAGGACUCCAAAUGAGUGUAAACCCCAAAGACCUUGAACUCACCAAAAACCAUCCAGAUUUGCCUUUGGAAGAUUCAACAGCUCUGCAAAUUCACCAGGAAGCCUAACAUGGCUCCUAAAGUGUGUAUGUUUUGAUUAUUACUUUAAGAGUGCUCCUGUAACCAACCCCCUCCUCUGGGGCCUCAAUGCCAAACUAUCAUGCCUUUCUUGACAGACACGUGCAAUGCUGUAUCUUACUGAGGAGUGCAUCAUACAAAUGCUAACAGGUGGAAUAACGAUAUUCAAAUCGGCAAGUGAGGGGGACUUUCGCUCACUGAGCGAUAACAAUAAUAAUCUUCAGGAAGGAAUUAGUUACAUACUUAAAGGGAAGGCAUUUGCAAGGGAAGGGUAGGUGGAGUCUGGCAUUGAUUCCCUUGACAUAUCUAAAGAAUGAUCACAAGUACAAAUCUUCAAUGGUCCUCCAUUAACGCAGAGCAAGAUCCAUGACUCUAGCAGCAGGAAAUGCCAACAUAGCUGCAUACAUCUCAUCUGUCUACUCAGAGGGGAAGAAAAAGACAAUAAAAUUGAGACAUUUUUACGUGGACACUGAAAAAGGUGGAAUUGUUUUCCCUCAAGUAGGUGCAAUUAAGGGAUUCCACAUAAGUUGUUUAUUCCUAAUCCUAAAAGAUAUCCAUCAGGUGAAUAAGGAGAAAUUGUUUCCAGCUGUGUCAUGAGAGGUAACCAGAGGACACAGAAUCAAUAGAAUCAGCAAAUGAACCAAAACAGCGAGACAGGGGCAAAUAUUCUGUCAUGGUGAGUUGUAGUAAAGGGAGACCAGGCUUCCGGAACAAGCAGAAUGAAGAACAACUUACGAAAGGGGAUUGGAUAAACACAUAAAGGUGGAACAACUGCAGGUUUAUGGGGAAGAGCCAUUGAUUGUGUCAAAUUGGAUAGCAUUGUCAAAGGGUAAGCAUGGAAAUGCUGGGCUGAAAAGACAUAUGUGCUGAAGCAAUCUGUGAUUUGUCAAGAACAUGUGAGAAUUCUGAUACCAAGGGAGCAAUGUAAAAUGAAAUACACAACUGAACAAUAAGAACCAUUGAAACUGC